AUCGAUAUGAUAACUUGGUCUAUUUUUCUUGUUUGAAAUGUUUACAGUCAUCAUGAUCUUCAGAAUGGCUUUGCUGAUGUUGCUAGUCUUGAUGGCAACAACUUCAACUGAUACAUCGAUCAACGAGCAGCAGACAUAUAUAGUUCACAUGGACAAGGCCAAGAUAGCAUCCAAAGACAAUUCCAGAAAAUGGUAUGAAGCAGUGAUGGACACUAUCACUGAUCUCUCUGCCCAAAAGGAAGAUUCGACAUCGUCUCCCCAGUUACUUUAUACCUACGAAACCACAACUGGUUUUGCUGCAAAGCUCUCCAGAAAGCAACUGGAAUCACUAAGACAACUCAAUGGUUUUCUGUCUGCUACUCCUGAUGAAAUGCUCAAACUCCACACCACACACUCCCCUCAGUUUCUUGGCCUUGAAAGUGGGAAAGGCUUAUGGAAUUCCCAAAACUUGGAGUCAGAUGUGAUCAUUGGUGUGGUGGAUUCAGGAAUCUGGCCGGAACAUGACAGUUUCAAGGACUCAAGCAUGUCUUCGGUGCCCUCUAGGUGGAAAGGCAUUUGUGAGGAAGGUUCAAACUUCACAGCCUCAAACUGUAACAGAAAACUCAUUGGUGCCAGAGCAUUUUACAAAGGCUAUGAAGCUAAAGGCGGCGUAAUCAAUGGAACAGAAGAGUACAAAUCUGCAAGGGAUGCAAUAGGCCAUGGAACACAUACUUCAUCAACGGCCGCAGGUGGUCUCAUUGAAGAUGCAAACUUCUUAGGUUUGGCUAAGGGCUCAGCCAGUGGAAUGAGAUAUACCUCCAGGAUUGCAGCAUAUAAAGUAUGCUGGUUUGGCGGUUGUGCUAGCUCUGAUAUACUUGCCGGCGUGGACCAAGCCAUUCUGGAUGGGGUUGAUGUGCUGUCACUUUCUAUAGGAGGUUCUGAUACACCUUAUUACAAAGACAACAUUGCUAUAGUGAUUGGCUCUAUCAUUGAUCCCUCUGCCUCUGCCCAAAAAGAAGAUUCAGCAUCGUCUCCUCAGCUACUUUAUGUAUACGAAAAAAUAACUGGUUUUGCUGCAAAGCUUUCUAAAAAGCAACUGGAAUCACUAAGACAACUCAAUGGUUUUCUGUCUGCUACUCCUGAUGAAUUGCUCAAACUCCACACUACACAUUCCCCUCAAUUUCUUGGCCUCGAAAGGGGGAAAGGCUUAUGGAAUUCCAAAAACUUAGAGUCAGAUGUGAUCGUUGGUGUGGUGGAUUCAGGAAUCUGGCCGGAACAUGACAGUUUCAAGGACUCAACCAUGUCUCCAGUGCCCUCUAGGUGGAAAGGCAUUUGCGAGGAAGGUACAAACUUCACCGCCUCAAAUUGUAACAGAAGACUCAUUGGUGCCAGAGCAUAUUACAAAGGCUAUGAAGCUGCUGGCCGCAGAAUCCAUGAAACUGAAGACUACAAAUCUGCAAGAGAUGCACAAGGCCAUGGAACACACGUUUCAUCAACAGCAGCAGGUAGUCUUGUUAAAAAUGCCAGCUUCCUGGGUUUGGCCAAGGGCUCGGCGAGUGGAAUAAGAUAUACCUCUAGAAUUGCAGCAUAUAAAGUAUGCUGGCAUCGUGGUUGUGCUGGCUCUGAUAUACUUGCCGCCAUGGACCAAGCCAUUUUGGAUGGGGUUGAUGUGUUGUCCCUUUCUUUAGGAACAGGAAAUUCUGGCCCAUAUGUCUCCACUGUCAGCAACACUGCACCCUGGAUCACAACAGUGGCGGCAAGCUACCUUGACCGAAGCUUUCUGGCUACUGUCAAGCUUGGAAAUAAACAAACUCUUAUGGGUUCAUCUAUGUUCACCGGAAAGUCAACAGUACAGUUGCCAAUUGUGUAUGGGAAAAGUGCCGGAACCCAAGAUGCGGUGUAUUGCGAUUAUGGUUCACUAAAGAGGACACUUGUGAAAGGAAAGAUUGUACUUUGUGAAUCAGGGUAUGUCAGUCGUGGUGAAAUGGCAGACAAUGUGAAGUUAGCCGGCGGAGCUGGAAUGAUAGUGUUAAACAUUGACGAUGACGGGGAGGAGCAAAUCGCCUAUGCUUACCUUUUGCCGGCAAUAACAGUAGGUGCCACCGCAGGAAAAGCCAUCAAAAAGUAUAUUUCUUCAAACAAAAAGGCCACAGCUUCCAUUACUUUUAAUGGAACAGUGUACGGUAACCGUGCACCGGCCAUGGCAGCAUUUUCAUCAAGAGGGCCGAGUGAGAUUGGACCACAGGUGAUCAAACCAGACAUAACCGCACCAGGGGUGAAUAUUCUAGCUGCCUGGCCGCCCUUGAAUAGCCCGACCUCUGCCGACGAGGACAAGAGAAGUGUUCCGUUCAACAUAGUUUCAGGGACUUCCAUGUCCUGUCCCCAUGUCAGUGGCAUUGCUGCGCUAAUCAAAUCAGUUCGCACAAACUGGUCUCCGGCCGCCAUCAAAUCAGCCCUCAUGACAACAGCCUACACACUAGACAAUACCAAGAACCCAAUUGUAGAUGUUGCAACCUCAUCUUCAGCAACUCCUUUUGCAUUUGGUUCAGGCCAUGUUAAUCCUGAAAUUGCAUCUGAUCCAGGGCUAAUCUAUAACAUCACAGAGGUAGACUACUUGAACCAUCUGUGCAGCCUGGGUUACACAUCUGCUCAAAUAACUUUAUUUUCUGGCUCCGGUAGCAACUUCAGUUGUCCGAGGACAAGAAUUCCUCUCGGUGACUUGAACUACCCUUCCUUUGCUGUGAAUUUUACGGGAAAGGUUCAGAACAAAGCUAUGACAUUCAAGAGGACCGUGACAAAUGUUGGGGUUCCAGGAAGUAGUUACACAGUAAAAGUGCAAGAACCAAAGGAUGCAUCAGUGACAGUUAAACCUACAGUUUUGAAUUUCAAGAAGUUGGGGGAAGAAUUGAGCUAUACUGUUAGUGUUGUUGGAAACAGAGGAAAAACAUCUGGAGGGUCAUCCUAUUCCUUCGGAGCUUUGGUUUGGGUGUCUGGAAAAUACACUGUUGGAAGUCCUAUAGCAGUUUCUUGGAGUUAAUUUUGGAAUUUAUAAAAAUUCUAAUAUGAA